AUGGUGACAAAGAACCUAUAAUAUUGUCUAAAUCAUUUCCAAAAAAAAUAUAAAAGGCCAACAUUACAAAUGAAAAUCAAUUAUUUUGGAACACCUUACUUUUCAACCAAAACCAAAUAAAUAACUUAUGAAAAUUAUUUUUUCAUUACUAUUUGGAACAAAAAAAACUCCUCUAAGAUAAAUCCUUAACUUUAGAACAUUUUAUGGCAAUAUCCUCUUUAUUUAUUGCUGCUCUUGAAAGAACUAAAGUAUAUUCCAAAAUUAGAUUAAUUAUACUUCCUUCCCAAAGAAGUUUCCCAAUGGAAUCAUACUUCAUUUUGA